AAACUCUGCUGGCGGUCAAUUAGUGAUGGAUUCAUCUGACCCAUAUGGGUGCUUGGUUAAUGAGAGCAAGAUUAUCGAAAAGCAGACUGAACAGAGACUUCAGAAUGAUCAUCGGAUGGAUAAUCUUAUACUUUUGGUCUACAUAGUACUUCUUACUCUUUCUGUCAUAACAAUAUGGGCAUUUAAACACAGACGUUUCCGAUAUAUCCACGAAACGGGUCUUUCAGUGGUGUAUGGGCUCAUUGUUGGUAUCAUACUUAGGUAUGCCAUAAAGUCACCGGAGUUUCCAGUGGAGUCCCAUGUGUUUUUACGGAAGGCUGAUGUGUGUGGUGGUCACCUACCUCCAGAAAGACUGGUUGUCGAAGUUCCAGUUCGUGAUCAGAAUGGGACGCUAAAUUUGAGCAUGUUGUUUCGGUACAAGUUUGAACAGCAGUCAGACGAUGAUUCUUUGAUCAACGACAAGGCUACCUUCGACCCAGAAUUCUUCUUCAAUGUCUUACUUCCCCCAAUAAUUUUUUCGGCUGGGUAUAGUAUGAAGCGCGGUCACUUUUUCAAAAAUAUCGGGGCCGUUCUGACUUAUGCUGUGGGCGGAACUCUGUUAUCUUCGCUUGUUGUUGGGACUUUGUGUUACGGGUUCACUCGCGGAAUCUCUUCAUUGUCACAAACACUGUACCUCUCAGAUUGCCUGCUGUUUGGAGCCAUGAUAUCCGCUACUGACCCUGUAACUGUUUUGGCUAUCUUCAGUGACUUGAGGGUUGAUGUCAACUUGUAUGCACUUGUUUUCGGUGAGAGUGUGCUUAAUGAUGCCCUAGCAAUUGCGUUAGCUCAGUCAGUUGAAAAGUAUGGAUCACUGUCUGCUGGCAAUUUUGAUGGUCAUGCACUCCUAUCUUCUGUGUUAAAUUUCUUCAUAAUGUUCGGAGGUUCGUUCGUCAUUGGCGUUUUUAUUGGUUGUGUCACUUCUCUCCUCACGAAAUUCACUCAUAUCAAAGAACAUCCUCUUUUAGAAACAACUCUGUUUGUGUUAAUGUCUUACAGUACAUUUCUUUUUGCUGAAACCGUUGGAUUUACGGGUAUUGUUUCCGUGUUGUUCUGUGGUAUCACUCAAGCGCAUUACACUUAUAAUAAUCUUUCCAGUGAGUCAAAAGUUUGGACAAAAUCAUUUUUUGAACUUCUGAAUUUCUUGUCGGAAAACUUUGUAUUCGCUUACAUCGGUGUUUCAACAUUCACCUUCCGCCAUCACUAUUGGGAUGUUCGAUUUGUAUUCAUUGCAUUGUUCUCGUGUGUGGUUGCAAGAGCAGUUAGUGUAUAUCCACUCACAGGUCUCAUAAACUUCUGUCGAACUUAUCGAUGUUCAUGUUCUGCAAAUUGUUUAAAGCGAAAACCCGAUACAUAUUCAAUCGAUAAAUGCAUAAUACCAGGAUCGUCAUUCUCAUCAAGUCCAGUUGAACCAGGCGACAUUUCAGUUACUACGGUUGGUGGCGGUGAUAAGAGAAAGAAUGCAUCAAACAAAAUUACUUUGAAUUUUCAGCAUAUGAUAUUCUUCUCAGGACUUCGGGGCGCUAUGGCCUUUUCAUUAGCGAUUCGUAAUACCAGUUCCGAAAUACGUCGUAUGUUUUUCUCAACCACGAUUGUAGUUGUUGUUACUACAGUAUUAUUGGGAGGUUGUUUUGCUAUAUCUUUACUGCAUCGACUAAAGAUACCUGUUGGUGUGGACUGUAGUGGUGAAAAUCAAAUGCAUGCAGAUGCAGAAGAAUAUCCGUAUGAAGAUCGUGGCUGUUGUAGUUCGCGUUGGAUACGUUUCGACAAGUUUUAUUUGAAACCAUUGUUCACUCAUAGUACUCCACCGUUGACCGAAUCAUUACCAUUAUGCUGUUACAAAUGUGCUAAAGUGUUUACAACUAAUGAACAAAGAAAUGAAACAUUUGUCGACUAUGAUGGAAGUGAAAAAAGUUAUCUAGAGAAUUCUAGACGUGAGAGUACUGUAUUUUAUUCACACGAUAAAGCAACAAUCAAUCCUACGCUUAGCGUGAACACUGUUAAAGUUCAACCAGUCAAAGUAUCUGGCCACGGUAAAAGUAAAAAGAGCAAAGCCGUUGCGAAAAGUGGCAGUGUAAAGUACCAGUGGCAGAUAAUGAAAUGUAUUGGCCUGGAUGAUGAUGAGAUAUUGAAGUUCAAAGAUCCAAGGCACUGGUUAUCGUAUUUCCCAUCCAUGGCUAUCGAGGAUUUGCGAAAAUUAGGUGUUAAGGUUGAUUGGCGUAGAUCUUUCAUUACAACAGAUAUCAAUCCAUACUAUGACUCAUUUGUUCGGUGGCAGUUUUUGACUCUUAAGAAACAAGGCAAGAUUCAAUAUGGUAAGCGGUACACGAUAUUUUCUGCCAGAGAUAAUCAACCGUGUAUGGAUCAUGAACGAGCUGUUGGUGAGGGUGUUGUUCCUCAAGAAUAUACAUUGAUCAAAUUGCAAGUGAUAUCAGAGUUCCCCUCACAAUUCAUCUCUAUGAACCAGUCCAAACAACCCAUUUACCUUGUAGCAGCAACUCUUCGCCCUGAAACUAUGUUUGGGCAAACCAACUGUUGGGUUCAUCCGGAUAUUGAGUACGUGGCGGUUAGAAGUCUACAUGAGUCGUGCAUUCUAAUUUGCACUCAGCGUGCUGUUCAGAAUAUGGCUUAUCAGGGUAUUCUAGAUCCUUCACACCCUGGACAUAUCGAGGUGGUCGCAAAUUUCAAAGGUGUCGAUCUUCUUGGAUUAAAAGUCAAAGCUCCACUAUCAUCGUAUACCGAUGGUGUUUACGUUCUACCUAUGAUGUCGAUUCGUUCAACUAAGGGUACGGGAGUUGUUACUAGUGUUCCUAGUGAUUCUCCAGAUGACUGGGUAGCUUUACGUGAUUUAAAGAAGAAACCUGCGUUUCGUGAAAAGUACAAUCUUCUUGACUCGAUGGUUCUACCAUUUGAACCGGUGCCUAUAAUUGACACACCAGAUUUAGGUAACCUUCCAGCUGUUACAAUAGUUGAUCAAUUGAAAAUUCAAAGUCAAAAUGAUCGAGAGAAAUUACAAGAAGCCAAAGAAAAAGUUUAUCGUGUUGGCUUUUAUGAUGGAGUUAUGUUGGUGGACAAGUAUAAAGGCAUGAAGGUGAAUGCAGUUAAAAAGCUUAUUCAAGAUGAAUUAGUAAAAACGAAUCAGGCUAUAAUUUACUAUGAACCAGAGAAUUUGGUUGUCACACGUAGUGGAGAUGAAGCAGUGGUUGCUUUAUGCAACCAAUGGUAUUUGGAUUAUGGGUCAGACGAGUGGAAAUCGGUAGUUCGCAAAGCUAUCGAUAAUUUAUGCGCAACUGAUGAGGUUAGACGUAAUCUUUUAUCAACCGUUGAUUGGUUACAUGAACAUGCCUGUUCUCGCACUUAUGGCCUGGGAAGUCGUUUACCUUGGGAUGAAAAAUGGCUUAUUGAGUCCUUGUCUGACUCUACUAUAUAUAUGGCAUAUUAUACAGUUGCUCACUUGUUACAAGGUGGAUCAUUAGAUGGUAGAAAAUUUGGUCCUCUUGGAAUCAAGCCUGAGCACAUGACUCCGGAAGUAUGGGAUUAUAUAUUUUUGGGCAUUGGAACUCCAGAUAAUUUGGUGAAAUUGCAAAGACACUCGUCAAUAAGUACAACUGCCCUUAAACGUCUUCGUGAAGAAUUUUUAUUUUGGUAUCCAGUUGACUUAAGAGUUAGCGGAAAGGAUCUUGUUCCAAAUCAUCUAACUUACUAUCUGUAUAAUCAUACUGCUGUCUGGCCGAAUGAACCCAACUUAUGGCCUGCAAGUAUACGUGCAAAUGGUCAUCUGCUGCUAAAUUCCAACAAGAUGUCGAAAUCCACUGGUAAUUUCCUUACAUUGUCCGAUGCUGUUGACAAGUAUUCAGCUGAUGGUAUUCGUCUUGCUUUGGCUGAUGCUGGAGAUUCGUUAGAUGAUGCUAACAUGAAAGAAGAAAUGGCUGAAGCAGGUUUAUUACGUCUUUAUGGCCUCUUAGAUUGGUUCACUAUGACCUUGGAGAUUCUCAAAGAUUCAACUUUACAACAAAAAUCUAAUUUUCGAACAGGUCCGUAUACAAUGCACGCAGAUUAUGUUUUUGAAAAUGAAAUGAAUCACACUAUUGAAUCAGCUGACAAGGCAUAUUCUGCUCAGGAAUACAGAGAGGUGCUUAAGAUAGUCUUCUACGAACUUCAGACACAUCGUGAUCGUUACCGUGAAGUUUGUCAAGGCAGUCUACAUAUUGAUUUAAUUCGACGUUACAUGGAUGUUCAAUUGUUGCUACUUUGUCCAAUUUGUUCACAUCUUUGUGAAUAUAUAUGGCUCAACUUGUUAAAUAAUAAAAAAUCAAUAUUUUGUGAAACUUGGCCUAAGUUAAGUCGAUCAGUAGAUCGAGUACUUCUGUUACAAGGUCGAUAUAUUGAUGAUACAGCGCAUGCUUUCAGACUUCAACUUAAACAGUAUCAGACAGCUAAAUUGCUUAAGAAGAGUAGCAAAUCUGGUGAAUCAAAUUAUACUUCUCAAUGGAUUCCACCUUCUGAAGCUAUUAUUUGGGUUGCUAAGGCGUAUCCACCAUGGCAAGCUCAGAUUCUUGAGAUUAUGGCUGCUAAUCUUUCUGAGGAUGGAAAAACAUUACCGGAUAACGCAACAUUAGCACAACUUUUACGUCCUCAUUUAAAAGCCAUGGGUAAAAUGGCGAAACGUGCUAUGCCGUUUGUACAGUUAGUUAGGGAACGAUUUGAAAACCAUGGGAAACGAGUACUUCAACUCCAAUUGGAGGUGGAUGAGUGUGAAGUGAUUACAAAGAAUUUAUCUUAUUUGAUCUCAACUUUGGGCUUGAGACAACCUGAUGGUUUAAAGAUUCACUACUCAUGUGACUCAGAGGAUAGUCGUGUUCAAGAAAGUGUUUGUCCUUUAGAACCUCUUAUUAUUUUCCGUGAACCAUCUGCUUCAGUAUCUAUAACAUUUCUAAACCCAGAUGUUGGCUCAGGUUUAUUUACAAUUAAUAGUCUUACUAUUUGUGAUGGUGAUACGCAUACUGAUGUAAUUUCACGUGUGAUCAACCAUUGUCGUUUAUCUAUGCCUGGAGGUAAAGAGUUGAAGAAAAUAUCAUUGUAUCGUUUUACUGAUCCUGUGUAUGGUCCUCUACGUAUCCCUCCUUACUCUCCGGACAGUUUGCAAAUAAUUCAACCAACCGUUCGUUUUAUAGUUGAUGCAUCAUCGUACUCUGUAAACUUACAAGUUGAUGAUUCACAAAUUCCAAUCGGCACGAAACUUAUCUACACAACUGUUACAUCGUAAAGGAUUUUUUAAUGCAAUAAAAUCUUGUACUCAGAGGAGACUUUUUUGAGUAGUAUAUGUUCCAAGUUGAUAGAUGUUGCCAUAAGAUGUCUCCUGUCUGACUGUUGGAAUUUAUGAUGGAUUCAAACUGUGAGAUUGGUUAACAUCCUCACCUACAUCUUACGUGGUAAGUGAUGGAUGACAACACAGAGACAUUUUUGCGAAUAUCUAGAUUCAGUAUGUACACGCUAGUUCCUUCUAAAUGGUUUUUGGCUUAGUUAGUCCGCAUAUGAUAUAAAUUUUGGGUUGGAAAAUCA